GGCUUCCGUUUCCAAUGUUACUGGAAGGUAGAUACCGUUCCUGAGUCCCUUUUCACCUCAUUAGCUACCUGAACAGGCCCUGCAUUCAUGGCGAUUGCUGCGUAUUGUAGAAGUAGCAAGUUCAGGGAAUCGCUAAACGCACUGUCUAAGUGGGGCGUUUUCUGUUACUCCCAAAAGUCGGAUCUGGCUGAACCCCACCAACAUUCUGCGCAGCGCACAAAAUCUCGUCAAUUAUCCCGACGACGAUCUCCCAGUCCCCGCGGCAGCAACCACAUCGGCCACGCACUCCGUUUUCGCAGCAAUCCCACGAUACGGACAAGCAAGCCGAACUGAUUGCCCAGCAUGGCGCCGUCGUUCGACCACUUGCGCGAGGAGGACCUCGACGAGGAAGACUUUGACAUGGAUGAAGUCGACAUCUCGGAUCUCCGCGAAAAAUAUGAGGUUCAGCUUGAGCAGGGCUAUGACACCUUUGUCGUCAUCGACGGGUUGCCCGCUGUCACCGAAGAGCAAAAACCCAAGCUUAUCAAGUUCCUCCUCAAGAAACUCAACACGGUCGGCAGGACCAGCGAGGACGCGAUCUACAUGCCCAUGGGCGAUGAUGGCAUGUCGCUGAGGUUCGCCUUUGUCGAAUACUCGUCGCCCGCCGAAGCUGCCGCGGCUGUGCGGCAGCUCGAUUUUGUUCCCCUCGACAAGAAGCACACCCUGCGCGUCAACAAGCUCACCGAUAUCGACCGGUACGGACGGGAAGGCCGUAUCGAUGAGGAGUACAAGCCCCCAAAGAUCGAGCCGUUUCAAGAGAAGGAGCACCUCCGGUCCUUCAUGGCGGACCCGAGCGGGCGCGGCAGGGACCAGUUCGUCAUGUUCAGGGGGGACACUGUGGGCGUCUUCUGGAACAACGAGAAGGACGAGCCGGAAAACAUUGUGGACCGGCAACAGUGGACCGAGACCUUCGUUCAGUGGUCGCCUAUGGGGACAUACCUCACAUCAGUGCAUGCGCAGGGCGUACUACUCUGGGGUGGCGCUUCUUGGUCGAGGCUGAGGCGAUUCCCUCACCCUUUCGUCAACCUGAUUGCCUUCUCGCCCAACGAAAAAUACCUGGUCACUUGGUCGAACCGCCCGAUUUCGAUUCCGGACAGCGGCCACCCUGCCCUCUCGCUCGACGAUGAUGGCAAGAACUACGUCAUCUGGGACAUUGAGACCGCAAAGCCCUUACGGUCAUUUGCGCAGCAGGAUACAACCGGGGACGAUCCGGUCGCGAAGAAGGCUGCCAAGUUCCCCUGGCCCGCUUUCAAGUGGUCCGCUGAUGACAAGUACGUGGCGAGGCUGAACCAGGGCACCUCCAUUUCCGUGUACGAGCUCCCAAAGAUGAAUCUCCUGGACAAGACUGCGAUCAAGAUUGAGGGCGUCAUGGACUUUGAGUGGGCGCCCGCCACUCCACGCCGGGACGGUGUCAAGACGUACGAGCAACUGUUCUGCUUCUGGACGCCCGAAAUUGGCAGCAACCCAGCGAGAGUCGGUCUCAUGAGCAUCCCUUCCAAGCAGAUUGUCCGUUCCCUCAACCUCUUUAGCGUGUCCGAUGUCAAGCUCCACUGGCAAUCCGAUGCGGCGUACAUCUGUGUCAAGGUCGACCGGCAUUCCAAGUCCAAGAAGUCGCAGGCUACUACCCUGGAGAUCUUCCGCGUCCGGGAAAAGGGCGUCCCUGUUGAGGUCGUUGACACUAUUAAGGACACGGUCAUCAACUUUGCUUGGGAGCCCAAGGGUGACCGGUUCGUGAUCAUCACCACAACCGAGCCGGUCGGCGCCACCGCGGUGCCGCCCAAGACGGCCGUUUCCUUCUUCUGCCCAGAGAAGGCCAAGGGCAACGCGGUGGGCAAUUUCAAGCACCUGCGGACACUGGACAAGAAGAACAGCAAUGCCAUCUACUGGUCACCAAAGGGCCGCUUUGUUGUCGUGGCCACAAUCCACAACGCUCAGAGCUCCGACCUCGAUUUCUUCGAUGUCGACUUUGAAGGUGACAAGCCGGAGAGUGAGAAGGACCUCACGGCGAAUCUGCAGCUCAUGAACACCUCGGAGCACUACGGCAUUACCGAUGUCGAGUGGGAUCCUUCAGGCCGCUAUGUCGCCACCUGGGCGUCGGUGUGGAAGCACGCGAUGGAGAACGGCUACCACCUAUACGACUUCAAGGGCGAACUGCUGCGCGAGGAGGUGAUCGAGAAGUUCAAGCAAUGGGCGUGGCGCCCCCGCCCUCCGACUUUGCUCACCAAGGAGGAGCAAAAGCAAAUCCGCAAGAACUUGCGUGAGUACUCGCGCAUCUUUGAACAAGAGGAUGCCGAGCGCAUCAGCAGCGCGGACGUCGCCGUGGUCGAGGCCCGCCGCCGCCUGCUACAGCAGUGGUACGCCUGGCGCCAGAGCGUGGAGGAAGAGCUGGCCGAGGAGCGCGCCGCUCUGGGUCUGCCCGAGAAGCCCGUGGCCGAGUUGCUCAAGGAGAAGGCGGCGGCCGCGGCACCCGCUGGCGAGGAGCAGGUCGUCGAAGAGGUCAUGGAAGAGGUGCUGGAGGAAACGGAGGAGAUUGUCAACUAAGUUUCUCAUAUCCAGGGCAUUAUGUAAGGCCAAGAGGCUGGUUGGAGCGCGUAAAAUUUGAUUUGUUUCCUCCGCGUGGGCGUCUCUGGGCUUGCUUCAUGUUUUUGCGCUCAGCUAUAUCAGCAUUUGCGGCAAAG